AUGGUUUCCCCGCCCUCGAUAGUGGCCGCAACGCUGCUGCAGAUCUGCGGCGUCUCGCUGUUCAUCCGGCAGCCGGCGGAGACGCCAUGCUCGCCAGCUCCCUGCCAGGCGAAGUGGCUGUUCGGGCUCAGCCUGGUGCUGCUGCUCUGGAGAUGUGAGCUGUUGCCCAAACGCUAUGCGAGCGUCUAUCCACGCAUCCACACAUGCGUGGAGCUGCUGGGCAGCGUCUUCGUCUCGGAGCUGGCCAUGCUGAUCGGCUGGUGCAGCUACGAGCGACUAGUCCACCAGCUGAGCCAUCUGAUCUGCCUGAACCUGAACCUGAACUGUCGCUGGUGCGAGUACUUCACGCUGGGCAUGCUCACGCUGCUGCCCUCGGGUCUGCUGCUGUUCACCCUGGCGCCGGCCCAGUGGCGUGAGUUUCUGGUGCAGCUGCUGUGGCAGCUGCCCCGACCGGAGGCGGACGAGUGCCUGCUGUCGUGUGCCCGUGAACUGUCCAACUAUGCCCGCGGACUGCUCUGCUUCUGUCAGCUGAGGCGCGAGGAUCGGCUGCGUGCCCUGCGCCUCUUCCAGUUGCAGGCGGAGCGAAGCAGUCGGCACGAGGAGCGACAGCCAUAA